AUUAUUAGUAGCACUUUUUUUUUCUAGUGAAGACUUCCAAAGUAAUAAAAUUUUAAACUAGAAAUUUUUAGUUUUAAAAACGGAAAUGUUCAGAUGAGCUAACAUUGAUUGUUCUUCAUAAUGGAGUGUAUGAAAUUUACAUCUUUCGGUUUAUUUAUUUUAUUGACUUUUAUUAAUCUCACAUCAGUUGAAGGUGGUGUUAAAACAAAAACUAGCAGUAGCAGAUCUCAAUCAAGGUUUGGACAUGGUCAAAGUGAAAGACUAUAUGCUUUAAGUACAAAGAAACCAUUAAUAGCCUCCAGAGAAUGCUUACGGCCUCUUCCACCAGACAAUGGAAAAAUGAGAUGUAGCAUGGAAAACGACGAUUACAAAUGCACGGCUGAAUGUGAUGAAGGUUACAGAUUUCCCAGUGGUUUUUCUAAAUUGACGUUGACUUGUGACAGAGACGUAGGAGAGUGGAUUCCACAAACUCUAAUAUUAAAUUCAUUCCCAGAUUGUGAAAUUAGGUAUGGAGAUGAAGACGAUUAUCAAGAUAUUGGAGGCAACUACGGUCAAACAUACCAGCAGGGAUCAGAUGGAGGAUAUUCUAAUUCACAUUCAUCAUCUCAACAGUAUAAUUCCUACAACUCUUAUCAACAACAAAGAACAAAUGACGGCAGCUUAUUCGGAGGAAGUUCAGGAGAAUGUAAAACAUUGAGACAACCUGAAAAAGCUCAAAAAGAAUGUAGAAUGGCAAACGGAGCAUGGACUUGUGUUUUUUCUUGCGUGGGUGGAUUUCAGUUUCCAGAUGGAAGUAUUCAGCUAACAUUAUCAUGUACACAAGGAAUUGGACAGUGGCUACCGACCGACACUUACGAAAACUGCAGAAGAGCCACUUCAAAAGAAAGUGAAGAUUAUGGUUCUUACCAACAACUAGGAAAUCUGGGUGGAUAUGGUCAAGAUCUGUGCCCGUCACUCCAGCACCCGAUGAAUGGAAAGAAACAAUGUAGCAUGUCCAAUGGAGAAUGGAGGUGCCAUAUCACAUGUGAGACUGGCUAUCAGUUCCCUGACGGGAACAGGGAAUUAACUGUCAUAUGCCGGACUGGAGUAGGAGAGUGGGAGCCUAUAGAUACUUUUGAAGAUUGCCUAUCUAUCUCUGUCGGAGGAUAUGGACAGGCUCACAACUUACAAACAGGAAUCUAUGGCCAGGGUUAUGAUGCUUUCUCACAAGAUCUUUGCCCUUCAUUAACUCAUCCUCCCAAUGGCAGAAAGCAAUGCAAUAUGGCCAAUGGAAUAUGGAGAUGUCAAGUUUCUUGCGAGACAGGAUUUCAAUUUCCGGAUGGAAGUACUGAAAUUAUUGCAACUUGUGAAACAAGGAUAGGUCAAUGGUCACCUUCAUAUACUUUUGAAAACUGCAGAGCUAUAUCGGGAAGCAGCUAUGGUCAUGGAUAUCAAAUACAGCAAGAUCUUUGCCCGUCGCUAAGGAGACCAGUAAAUGGCGGAAAACAGUGCAGUAUGUCUAAUGGACAAUGGAAGUGUCGCAUUACUUGCUUGGAUGAUCACCGAUUUCCAGACGGGAAUACUGAAAUGACACUUAUUUGCUUUACAAGAAUUGGACAAUGGCAACCCAGUAGCACAUUUGAAGAUUGCAGAUCGUCUUCAGGGGGUAGCUAUGGACAUGGUUAUAAUCAACAAUAUGUUUCUGGCUCAGGGGGUAGCAGUAGAGGCUCUAACACUCAUUAUCAACAAGUUUCUGGUUCAGGGGGAAGCGGUGGAAGUUCAAGCACACAUCAUCAACAAGUUUCUGGUUCUGGAGGUAGCAAUGGAAGCUCUAGUACUCAUUAUCAACAAGUUUCUGGGUCAGGAGGAAGAGGAGGAAGUUCCAACAGUGACUACUCACGAUUUGCAGGAGGAGGUGGUGGUAGUGGAAGUCGCAGUAGUUAUGACGAGCAAAACAAAAUUCAAGAGAUGUGUGUGGAACCAGCAGAGCCGAAGAAUGGCGUGAUUUAUUGCACAAAAUACAAUGGCCAAAGAACUUGUCAAGUCACGUGUAAUCCUGGCUACGAGUUCGCAGACAGAUCACGCCAGAUAAAUAUUAAUUGCUUUGAACGUGAUGGUCGUUGGUUAUCAAAAGAGGAUUUUGGCGACUGCCAGCUGCUUUGUCAUCCACCAUGUGAACAUGGAGGCACUUGUGAAAUGCAUAAUCAAUGUUCUUGCACUGACGAGUAUCGAGGAAACCGAUGCCAAUAUGCCAUUUCUCUCUGUGAUUCACACCAAUUCUUCACCGGUAAUGUCAUCGCCGAAUGUUCACAUGAACCUGAUUACAGUGAAUGUCACGUGAGUUGUCCUCCAGGAUCAACCUUUGAUCCUCCUUCUUCCCCUCUCUACAGAUGCACAGUUAAUGGAUUGUGGAACCCCCCAACUGCGCCAAGAUGUGCCAAGGAAUUGGAGGAGCUAUGUUCAAUGCCUCCUUCACCGUCUAAUGGUGAAAUAAAAUGCGUAACAAACAGUGAAGUCAUGCAGUGCUCCGCCACUUGUCUACCUGGCCAUACAUUUGGAAAUGGUUUCGAAGAAUUGUCUAUUCAAUGCAUUAAACGUACUGGAGAAUGGUUACCUGAAUAUGCGUUUCCUGACUGUCAAGCAAUAUGCAGUCCUGACUGUAAGAACGGUGGGAAAUGUCUGGGCCACAACUCCUGUCUCUGCCCAACUGGGUAUCGUGGAGACAGAUGCGAAUAUCCUAUCUCUCUGUGCGAUGCCCAUGGCCGACUUGCGUCUGUCACGUGGGAAUGUCAGAAUAACAAGGAAGAAUCCAUCUGCAAUGUUAAAUGCCAACCUGGUCAAAAACUUCAACCUGGCCACAUCAAUGUUUACAAAUGUCGAUUGGACGGAACUUGGGAGCCCGAUUUAAAACCAGUAUGUGUUUUAGCCAUCGGAGACAGACUAAUUGACCCAAGGACUAGUCAUUCAAGCUUUAAUCAGCAACAACAUCAUCGGAGUGGAUACGAACAGCAGGCGAGGAGUUCAUACGAUUACGGCCAAUAUAAUCUAGGUCAGAAUUCCAUUGAUGAAGAUUAUGACUUCGUCGAAAAGGAUGAUGCCUUCCAAGUUGGAUCAAGCCACAAUGUUCAAAAUCAAUACGAAACUAAGUUGGAACGUGUCCCAUCCCGAGAAGAGCAGGGCCUCGAGCAGUUUGACAUAACGCAACACGAGAACGAGUUUGAUGAGCACGGAAGCUAUGGACAGAAAACUAACCGCAAUGUUUAUGAAGUAGUCAAAAAACAUGAGGAUAAAGCAAAUGAUGGUUUACCUGACUUCUUCAAUAAAGAGAAAUCAUCAGAUUACAAAGGUAUUUGCUCAGUUUGGGGAUUCUAUCACUUUCGAACAUUUGAUGGCGAGGUUUUCACCUAUCCUUCCACGUGUUGGCACGUAAUCUCUAAAAGCGACGACGGUGACAUCAAAGUCAUGGUGCGAAGCAACUGCAACGGAAGUUUGCCAUGUUCAAGAUAUGUUAGCAUACAAGAUGCCCACUACAAGUACAUGCUCUCGUAUGAUGAGGGAGUAAGUCGAAACAGUAUAGGUUUUGAUGUUCCUUUCCAAGACAACAAUGUAGUUGUAGAAUAUGUCGGCAGAUACCUCGUAGCUAGAACACACUCUGGAUAUUCAAUAUGGAUAAACUCUGAGAAUACUGUGCUAUUGGUUGCUGAUCCUGUUGUUCAAAGACGUACGCAAGGCAUUUGUGGCAAUUAUGACGCAGAAUUGGAGGAUGAUUUUAUUGCGCAAGAUGGCACCCGAACUUCUGAUAUUUACUACUUUGCCAACAGCUGGAAAGAAGAAGAUCCGAAUAUAGCUUGUAUAGAUGAAGCCGAAGCCAAGAAUCCGUGUAAUUCUGCUACAGCUGAAAAGCGUGAUGUUUCCAAUCGCGCCAACUAUCAGUGCGAAGCUCUGAAGAAUAUGGAUUUUCAACAAUGCGCAGAGUUCGUGGAUAUCAAUUUGUACUACACGAAGUGUCAAAUGGAUUGCUGCAACGUAAAGUCCACCGAAGGCUGUGAGUGCACUACUCUCUCGGAGUUUGUACUGGAGUGUUCUCGCGCUGGAAUAGAUAUGUCAGCCGGAUGGAGGCAGCCAGCACUGUGCCCUCUAAAAUGCGGAAACAACAUGGAAUACAACGAAUGUGGUCCACCUUGUCCAGCAACUUGUGAAGAUCAGCAGCCAGUCUGUUUCCAAGAGAAAUGCGUGGAUGGAUGUCAUUGUCCGGCAGGAACUGUUCUGGAUAAUGGAAUUUGCAUUUCAGUGGAAGAGUGUCCGUGUCGUCAAGGGGAGGCUAUUUAUUCGGUUGGAGAUGAAAUUCAACUAGACUGCAAUACUUGUGUAUGUGAAGGCGGCAAUUGGCAAUGUACAGACACAGUAUGUGCGUCCACUUGCACAUUAGCUGGGCCACAUAUUACGACAUUCGAUGGCCAUGCUUACGAUUUUUAUGGAAUUUGCCCUCAUUACAUAGUGGAAGCUGACAACUUCAAUGUGCAAGUAGAUUAUGACCAAAACUGCCCUGACACUGAAAGUAGCGUCUGUGUGAAGAGCAUAACUAUUCAUACAACUGAAGGAGCUGUAGUUAAGAUGAAACCUUCAUUGGAGGUAUCAGUCAAUGAAAAAGAAAUGCCUCAUCUGCCUGUCAUCGCACCAGGAAUAUAUGUUGGGCAAGCCACAUCUUCAUACAUGAAGGCCCGUCUUAGAAACGGUCUUGAGAUUUUCUGGGAUUUACAUUCAUCCAUCGAAGUGUACGCACCCGAGACCCUCUUCGGUCUCGUGAGGGGUUUGUGCGGCACUUUCACCAAAAACCUGCAAGAUGAAUUCUUGACUCCUGAAGGAGACGUCGAAUCUUCGGCUGGAGCUUUCACCGAGAAAUGGAGGGUGGAGGAACGAUGCGAAGACGUCAAAGAAAUAUCUAUAGAAGGUUAUGAAAGAGCCUGUGACGUCCAUCCAGAUAGACGAGAAAAAGCUGUGGAAAUAUGCCAGUCCUUGAAGAACCCUGAGUUUUCUGAGUGUCAUGCUUUAGUGGAUUACGGUAGCUUCUACGAAAAUUGCCUGGAAGACGUGUGCAGCUGUCUCUCUGAUCUGGAAUGGUGCGCGUGUUUAUCUUUCUCACAUUAUGCAAAUACUUGUGGAAGAAAAGGAAAACCGCUCUCUUGGCGACAAACUUUUCCCGCCUGUGGUACUGCGUGUUUCGGAGGUCAGAUUUAUACUCCGUGUGCCAAUCCUUGCUCCUACAGUUGCGGAGAAAUUGCUCAUGUGUACUCAAAUUGUAGAGACACUUGCAUAGAAGGUUGCGUGUGUCCCCAAGGCCACACACUCAAUGAACACAAACAAUGCGUCUCUGUAUCUUCUUGUAAAUGUCUUCACAGUGGACAUUACUAUCCACCAGAAUUUCUCCAAAGAAGAGGGAAGGAGAUGUGUGAGUGCUCACAAGGCCAAUGGGAUUGUCACGAGGCAUCUACAGCCGACAUUCUUUUGACUCCACCCCCACGUGUUGCGUCAGAAUGUGACACUAGUGCACAUCAAGUAGCCACUGAUUGUCUAUCCACGUGCCCUGCAACAUGUGCAAACUUUCAUCACCAUGAACCUUGCACAGUUGAUGUUUGUGUUCCUGGAUGCAAAUGCGAACUUGGAUAUAUAAUGGAUAUGUCAACCGGAAAGUGUGUCAAACCACAAAACUGUCCCUGCCACCACGCAGGCCGAAGUUACUUAGAAGGCGAACAAGUUACAAUGGAUUGUAACCAAUGUGUCUGUACUGGUGGUUCUUGGAAAUGCGAUGCAAAUCCUUGUCCUGGAGUAUGCAGUGCAUGGGGCGAUUCUCACUUCGAGACAUUUGAUGGGAAAUUAUAUGACUUUGAUGGACAUUGUGAUUAUGUGCUAGUUAAAGCACGAGUGUCAGACAAAUAUUUCUUUACAGUGGCUUACCAGAACGUUCCUUGUGAUAUUGACUCAGCAGCAAGUUGCGGGAAGACGCUAACUAUAACCUUGGGGGAUAAUUCUGUGUCCUUAACAAGAACACAUCCACUGCCUAUAGUUCCCGAAAAUUCAAAACUUUCUGUUACUUCCUUUGGAAUGUUUGUUCUUGUGGAUACAGACAUCGGGAUAUCAGUUCAAUGGGACAGAAAUACAAGAGUUUAUAUCACCGCUCAACCUAUUUGGAAAAACAAAUUGCAAGGCCUCUGUGGGGACUUCAACUCUGAUGCAUCUGAUGAUUUCCGAUCCCCAUCAGGUGGAUUGCCACUCGUUCUUUCAAAAGACUUUGCCGAUAGUUGGCGAGUGCACAAAUUCUGUAAAGCAGCCAAACAGCCAAGUGAUGCAUGUCAAGCUAACCCAGAGCGUCGCAGCUGGUCCAAGGAAAAAUGUGGUGUCUUAAAGUCGGAUCUUUUCAGAUCAUGCCAUUAUCAAGUAGAAGUGGAAGAUUACUAUAGGAGGUGCGUGUUGGAUGCAUGUGCCUGCAAUUCCGGUGGUGACUGUGAGUGCCUGUGCGCAGUUGUUGGAGCUUAUGCUUUAAAAUGUGCUCGUAAAGGCGUAAUCAUAAAGUGGAGAUCUCAAGAAUUGUGUCCUGUUCAGUGCGAAGCCUGUGACCGUUACUCACCCUGUAUUUCUUUAUGUCCUCCACCAAAUUGUGAGAACUACCUAGAACCAGCAGAAUCCCAGUCAUGUUCCAGAGAAUCUUGCGUGGACGGAUGCGAACCCAAACCUUGCAAACCAGGUCAAGUUCACAAAAGUGCCAUCAAUAACACAUGCGUCCCCAUAGAGACGUGUGACGAGAAACCUUGCAUAGUCAUCGAUGGCGUGUCUUACAGAGAAGGAGAAAGAAUAGAAAAUAAAGGGGAUGCCUGCCAGUCAUGUUACUGUCAGCAGAGAGAAAUAAAUUGCAUUGGAGUACCAUGCCAGGUGGUUACAGUGCCAACCGUACCAAGAUUGAGCACUGAUUUUGAAUUCAUUGAAUGCAAAUUAGGGUGGACAGAAUGGAUCAACUCAAACAAUCCCAAUGACAAUAAUGGUCAUGAUGUUGAAGAUCUUCGAUCCUUUAUAAAAGACGGAAGGAUCCCUUGUUCACUGGACAAAGUCCAGGACAUCCAUUGCAGAGUAGCUCAAUCGCAACAACCAGCUGAACUAUCCGGCCAAGAUGUGACAUGUAACAUAGAAAACGGUUUCAUAUGCAACGGGGAACAAGAAUUCUGCUAUGAUUACGAGAUACGGGUGUUUUGUGAAUGUUUCGAGGAGGUAGGAAGAGAGGAAAAAGAAGGAAUUUGCCCUCCCGGUAAAAAGUUCACAGAAUGCGCGUUUGACUGCAAAACGUCUUGCAGUUCACUUCUGUAUGAUCUGAGAGAGAAAAAUUCAUGUAAGGAAGGUGAAUUAUGCGCCCCUGGCUGCGUGAAAAAAGAAUGUGAAUACCCUUUCGUUUCCAGAGAUGACGUCACAUGCGUCACACCUGAUCAGUGUACUUGCAAACUUCCUACUGGAUUUCCUUUAGCACCAGGGCAAGUUGUGACAAAUGGUUGUGAAAAAUGCCAGUGCCUGAACAACACUGUGAUCUGUGAUACGAUUUUAGAGUGCAAGCCUACAGAGGGAGAGAGGACCGAAGUCUUAACGCCUACUAUGAAUGAAACAUUCAGGGUUUUCACAGUGAAGCCCAGAGUCCUACCAGUCACUACAACUUCUACUCCAGCAUUAACUUUUAAGCAAACUACUCCAGCGUGCUCCUAUUGGUCAGAUUGGAUAAACAAGAAAAAACCAAGAAGAGGAAAGAGAUUUGGUGACAAAGAAACUACAAAACCCUAUGUCCUAGCUCAAACGGAGGGAUUUUGUAUAGAGGGUACCGUGACUAAUAUAGAAUGUAGGGAGGUUAAAUCUGAUAGUCUCUAUACCGAAACUGGUGAAGAGAAACUAGUUUGCGACUUGAAAAAGGGUUUUAUUUGUGAAAACAUUCAUCAACCAGAUGCAAUCUGCAUGGAUUACAAAAUAAGAUACUUAUGCACAUGUGAAGCAUCCACUACAACUUUGAUACCUAUCUUUAUAAAGACAACAACACCAGCCUAUAUUUAUCCAUGCAUUGAUUUUGUUCCUCUUAUAAAUGGUCCAAAGCCAUUACCUGAUUCUAAUAUUCGAGCGUCUAGUAGUUCUACACCUAGAUCUGGCCCACAAAUGGCAAGAAUUUCAGACGAUGACAGUCCUUUGUCAGCCUGGACUGCAGCCAGAUCGAACGACAAACAAUUUAUAGAGAUAGAUUUGGAUCAAAUCAGAGCUGUCUAUGGAAUUAUUACCCAGGGGAAAAAACUAAGCAAACAGUUUGUUACUUCAUACCAACUAGUAUAUAGCUCAGAUGGAAACUCUUAUUCCUAUUACCAAGACGAAAAUGGAAAGAACAAAGUGUUCACUGCAAACUACGAUGAUGUAGGUGAAGUGAAGCAUGUGUUUUCGUCUCCAUUUGAAGCCAAGUUGGUUCGAAUUGAGCCACUCUCUUGGGAGGGAAAAAUUUCCCUCCGUAUUGAACUUCUUGGAUGUAGUGACGCCCUUGAACCUACUAUACCCUUUGGAGAGAUUGGAGUAACAGAGUCAUCUCGUCCUACUAUACCACCAACAAAACCAAAAGAAUGUACAGAUCCUAUUGGUUUGGAAAGCGGGGCUCUCUCGGAUAUCCAAUUUUCAGCUUCUUCAAAUUUUGGCCCUAAGUUUUCUCCAGAACUUGCUAGAUUAGGAUCAGAUACCGUUUGGAUGUCGGGAGUAUUGGAUGAAAAUCAGUAUAUACAAAUCGAUUUCAUAGAUGAAGCCAACAUAACUGGAUUAAAGACGAGAGGAAGAGAAGACAUUCCGCAAUGGGUUACCUCUUUUAUAGUCGAGCACAGUAAUGAUGGCUCCAUUUGGCGUAAAGUCAAAGAUGAAGAUGGAAAAGAAAAAGAGUUUCCUGCUAAUUUUGAUCCUGUUUCUGUUGUUACGAAUGAAUUUUCGUCGAUUAUACGUGCACGCUAUUUAAGAAUUGUGCCCAAAACCUGGAAAAACUGGAUCAGUAUGCAAAUAGAAAUAUUAGGAUGUUAUAAUCCAUUGCCUUGUAGAGAACCGAUGGGAUUGGAUGAAGGAUACGUAAAUAUUCAUCAGAUAUCAUCUUCAUCUAAAAUGUCCGAACUAUAUUCAGCCUAUAACGGACGUUUAUCUUCUGAAAACUCAUGGGUUCCAGCAAAGUAUGACCAUGAUCAAUUCAUUCAGGUUGAUUUAUUAGAGCCAGUCAAAAUUACAGGAAUAGUUACAAAAGGUGACCCGGCUAUAAAUCAGUGGGUGACAACGUAUUUUGUAGGAUAUAGUAACGAUAGCACGGAUUGGAAUAAAGUGCAAGAUCUAAAUGGGAAAUUCAAAGAAUUCAAUGGAAACAGUAAUCCAGAUUCUGCUGUAAUAAACAUAUUCCCCAUUCCAACUAUCAGCCGAUACAUCCGACUUAUACCAAAUAAAAGGCAUCACUGGACAAGUGUUAAGUUAGAGCUCCUUGGUUGUUCCCACGAACAAGCCUGCCGAGAGCCCAUGGGAUUAGAAAAUGGUCUUGUAACUGAUGGUCAAAUCACAGCUUCGUCUUCUUACGACUAUAAAACUACUCCAAGUCAUGCACGAAUAAAUGAUAAAUCUGGAUGGCAACCGGAUAUAUUUGACAAGAAUCCCUACAUUCUGAUUGAUCUGAUGGAGCCGAGAAAUGUAAGCGCCAUUGUAACCAAGGGAAUAGCAUCUAGUAAUCAGUGGACAACAAAAUACCGCGUGCUAUCCAGUCAAGAUGGUGAAAAGUUUGUUCCAAUUGUUGAUGAUUAUGGAAAUGUAGAAGACUUGAAAGGUAACACAGACAAAGACACUCCUGUUAUAAAUGUUUUUCCUGACCUUGUAGAAGCGAGGUUUUUCAAAAUAAUUCCAUUAGAAUACCAAAACAAAAUUGGGCUGAGACUAGAACUACUUGGCUGCUAUCAUCCAUCCGUGUGUCAGUCACCUUUGGGAAUGGAGAGCGGUGACGUAUAUGAGUUCCAAAUAUCCGCUUCGUCUUUCCUAAGCCCAUCUCUAAGCCCUUCGAAUGUGCGCCUUGACAGUGACAGUGCGUGGGUCGCAAACAAAGAUGACGGCUCUCCUUUUGUUCAAGUCGAUAUGUUGAUUCCAACAAAUUUAACCGGUUUGAUGACGCGUGGCAGGAAUGAUGCUAACGCAUGGGUGAAAUCAUACACUAUUUCUUUCAGCGACGAUGGCCUUUUCUGGAAUGGUCUAAAAGAUGAACAUGGAAAUGAUAUAGAGUUUAAAGCCAACUAUGAUAGCGAUUCAACAGUUACAAACAUAUUUCCAGCUCCCAUAUUUGCUCGAUUCCUUCGUGUUAAACCAACAGACUAUGAGAAACAAAUUGGCUUAAGAUUAGAAGUUUUGGGCUGUUCUGAAGAUAAAGUUUGUAUGGAACCUAUGGGUUUGGAUAAAGGGAUGAUAGAAGAUGGCCUUAUCACAUCUUCUUCGUUCAAAUCAGACACCACGAAACCGUGGAAUGCUCGGCUGAAUAGUGAUACAUCAUGGUCAGCGGCUGUAGCUGAUGACAGUCAAUAUUUACAAAUAGACUUCAAUGAUUUAAGAAAUAUUUCUGCUGUUGUGACUAAAGGAGCUGCGGAUAAGCCAGAAUGGGUAUCAGCGUUCGAAAUCAUGUACAGUGAUGACGAAAAAAACUGGAAUUCAAUUAAGAACGGCAAUGGCCAACCAAUAACUUUUAUUGGAAAUACCGAUAAUGACUCCCCAGUUACAAAUGUCUUCCCUCACACUGUGUCUGCUCAACUCAUCCAAAUUAUUCCAAAAGAUUGGAAGGAAUGGAUCAGUUUGAGAGCAGAAAUCCUUGGCUGUUAUCAUCCAUAUGAGACCCAGACACAAACUAUUCCAUCACGUGAUUUGGUUUUGGAAGUUACGCAAUCUCCUUAUGGAGCGUCAUCUACCAUGGAAUCAGAUAAGGUUCGUGAUGAACUUGAUGAACUCCCUUACGCUUUUGCCUGUUCGAAUGGAAAAGAACUAGAGAAGUCGAUCCUUCAAGAAUCUCGAAUUGAAGCGUCUUCGUCUGUACCAGGAGGAGAUGAAUCUCGACUACCCUUUAAAACUCGGGGAUCGAAUGGACUGAAAGGGGGUUGGGUACCCAGAGUGGAGGAUAGGCAUCCAUAUUUACUCAUAGAGUUCCCACAAGAGGAGAUGCUCACUUCAGUUCACGUAAAAGGUAGAGAAGAUGAAGAUAAUUGGGUGACUUCUUUCAGAGUCAUUGCAAGUCCUGAUAAUAAAAAUUGGCUUCCAGUUUUUGGAGAAGAUGGUACAGAGGUCCUUGAAGGAAAUGAAGAUCAAGACACACCCAUACAUCACUACUUCAAACAACCAAUGAAAGCAAAAUUCAUCAAAAUUAUUCCAGAAUCAUGGCACAAAUGGCCUAGUCUUAGACUGGAUGUUCUUGUCUGCCCAUUUGAAGAAGUUCUCAGCCUGACUACGCCCGGAGUUUUAGUACUCUGUCCAGAACUGUCGCAUGAAUCAGGCCUUGCUGUGAACUGUCCAGCGUCUUGUCCUUCAGGAACAGUUUGUGAUGGCAAAGAGUGUGUGGAUCCGGUCGACUGCGUCUGCGUGCAUAAUGGAAAAAUAUAUCAAGUUAGUGAUAAAAUCAUCGACUUGGAUUGUAGAGAAUGCUUCUGCGCUCUUGGAGGCUCGUCUAAGUGUGUUGAAAAGAAGUGUCCACAGUGUUCUGAGAAUGAAAGAUCCAUCUUGAAAGAAGAUUGUUCGUGCACAUGUGAAGAAUGCGAAGCGGGUAAAGUUCUUUGCCCGACUCACCACGAGUGCAUUCCAAAGCAACGUUGGUGUGAUGGAAUUGAAGACUGUCACGACGAUGAGCUCAACUGCACAUCAACGACUAUAGAAGUUACAGCAGCUCCGACAGUGCCAACUACUCCUGCUCCACCAGGUAAAGCAACAUGCGACAUGAUGGGUAAACGAAUCAAAACUUUUGACGGACAGGACAUCACUUAUGACUCUUGCAAUCAUGUUGUCAUGAAAGACAUACGUAACGGAACUUUCAACGUAACACUGCACAAAGAGUGUGGGUAUACUGGAAAUUGCAACCACUGGUUAGAAGUGCACAACAAGCAGCGUCAUGUCAAAAUUUCUUCUAACUUGGAGGUGGAAAUGGACGGACACAACUACACAGCCUAUGUGCUAACAAAUAUGAACAGGAGACAGAGAGCCAAGAACUUUCUUGUAGAGAAGAUAGGAGACCAAGUCAUCAUCAAAUCAUUAGUGAAAGGUUAUACUUUGGUAUACGACAACAAGGGACACCUUAAAAUAGAAGUUGAGCCUUCACUGAAAAAACGUUUGGGUGGUCUCUGUGGAUUUUAUUCUGGAAAACCAGAAGACGAUCAAAAGAAACCAGAUGACCAACUUGCUUUUACGAGUAAAGAGUUUGGCAAUAGUUGGGCGUUAGAAGGUGAAGAAAAAGUAUGCCAUCCAGUGGUCUGCCCUCACGAAAUGAUGGUUAAAGCUCUUGAAGAGUGCAACAAGUUAAAAAAAGAUCCAUUCGUGGCAUGUGGUCAAGUACUCAACGUGGACAGUUUCGUAGAGUUCUGCAUGAGUUCUACUUGCGAAUGCAUAUUGCAGAAGAACAAAACAGCUGAAAAAUGCAAAUGUGAUAGCUUCCAGCCAUUUGUAGAUGAAUGCGAAGAGAAGCUGGGGCCAACUGCAGUCCGGAAUUGGAGGUUGAAACAUGCUUGCCAUUCUGAGUGUCCUCCUACCAUGGAAUGGAAUGAUUGUGGACCCUCAUGCCAACUGACAUGUGACAUAUCUUCCGAAGAUUCUCUGACCGAGUGUUCUGAGAAGUGUGUUUCGGGGUGCUUCUGUCCCCCAGGAACUGUUCUAAAUGAAGACACUUGCAUUCCACCAGACCAAUGUGCCGACAAAACAUGCCAAGGUUUUGGUGAUCCACACCUGAGAACUUUUGAUGGCAUGUUCUAUCCUUUCUUAGCUGAGGGCACAUUUUUGAUAGUUGGAGACACUGAAAAGCAGUUCACGUUGAAUGGAUUUUCCAGGCGGUGCAGUCUGUUUUCCAAAGCCACUUGUAUGACUGGUCUGCAAUUGGUUUACAAGGGGCACACUGUUACCAUCAAGAAGCACAAAGAUAUACAAUUUGACGAGGCAACCAUUCCAAUAGACCAUCUACCUAUGCAUUCUAAUGGCAUGGUCAUCUUAGGAUACCCUGGAAGGACAUUUGUCAUAGCAGUUCCUCAAAUCAGCUUAGAAGCUCGAUAUUAUGAAGACAACUCUGGUUUUGCCGUGAAAGUACCUUCCAGGCGCUAUUUCAAUAAAACUGAAGGUUUAUGUGGCAACUGCAACGGAAAGAAAGAUGAUGAGACAGGAGGUAAACCACUCAGUGAAUAUGUAUGCAAUUUCCAAACAGAAGGGGAUAUAGACGACUGCAAAAAAUCUCUGGACGAACUGCCAGAAAUAACCGAGACCAAUCCCUUGUGCCAAAAACUAGAAGAUCCCGUCUUCGAGGCUUGCCAUCCUCUGUUAGAUCUCGAGGUCUACUUGGAUGCUUGCAGCUUUGACGCCAUUCACAGCGGGAAAGCCUUGGAAGCUCUCUGCAAAACUGCAAUGGAAUACACUCGCGAGUGCUGUCAAAUGGGCAUAGCCAUAAACAGUUGGCCCGAUGCACUCGGUUGUGAUAUGAAAUGUCCGGAAAAUCUACAGUACGAACAGUGCCACAAAGGAUGUCCUCAAACCUGUGCCAGUUUGAAAAAUUCUUCAGAAGAUUCCUUGUGCCACCAACUUAAGACAGAUGGCUGUUUCUGUCCAGCUGGAAAAAUUCUCGAUGGCGAAAUAUGUGUUGAUCCCAUCUCUUGUGAAACCUGCGACGACGAAGGACAUGUGCCAGGUGACAGGUGGAAAGAUGGAAACUGUAAGACUUGCGAAUGUAAUGUGGAACUCAAGAUUUCUUGUUCUGAGGAAGUUUGUCCUGAAAAUCCAAUAUGCUCUGAGAACGAGGCUUUAGUCGAAAUUGAAAUUGAAUUCGAAGAAUCAUCUUGCUGCAAGCGCUAUUUGUGUGCUCCUAAAAAGGAAGAUUGUCCUUCUCCUAAAAUUCCAGAUUGUCCAAAUGGUGAAGUAGCGAAAAUGCACACACGCCAAACAAAAUGUCCAGAAUUCGAAUGUGAAUGUGAGCCAGCUCUGUGUGGAGACGUCAUAUGGCCAUCAGAUUUAGAAGUCGGUCAAUACGUUAAGAAGAUAGAUGGUCUUUGCUGUCCAAAAAUACAGGUUGCCUGCAAUUCCAGUUCUUGUCCGAAGAGGCCAGCUUGUCAGCCAGGAACAGAGCUUACUGAACUGAAGGGAGAGUGUUGCAGCACCUUCAAAUGCAAACCUCUGGAAGAUGUAUGCAUUUACCUUCAUCACUUUGAAAUAGCUGAAGGCGUGGAAAAAUAUAUUGAAUCGGAAGAGUCUGAUCCAGUGCUUUAUAAAUCUGGUGAGGAAUGGCAAGACGGUUUGUGUGAGAAGUGCAAGUGCGAAGGGACCAAGGGACAACACUUUUCCAAUUGCAUCAAGGAGACCUGUCCAGAUCCAUCCUCCUUACCCGAUUCUGAAAACUAUGUUAUCGAAGGGAAAAUAAUUCCGGGAAAAUGUUGUAAAGAAUUCAUUCGAGUCAUGUGUAUAGACAAAGAUGGCAAUGCAUUCAGGGCAGGGGAGGUAUGGAAUGAUGAGGAGGACCCCUGCAUCACCUAUACUUGCGAACACACAGAUUUGGGUGACGUGCAAAUAACAAAAAACAAGAUGGCUUGCGCAGAAUGUCCAAAGAAUUCUGAAUUGAUUCCACCAUCAAAGUUUCUUGGUCAGUGCUGUGGAAUAUGUCACGUGACCAAAUGCGAGGACGAUGAUCAAUUGCAUGACAUAGGCGAUACUUGGACCAGCGAGGAACAUAAAUGCAGAGUGGCUGAAUGCGUAAAAGAAUUCGGAUCUGUGAAGACUGUCUACACGAAGAAAUCGUGUCCCAUCAUUCCAAGGGACUGUCCAAAAAACAAAAUUGUACUGGAUGAAAGUGGAUGCUGUGAAGUUUGUAACCUUACAAGUGAAAUCGGUUGUAACUCUGGACCAAUACCAGAAGAAGAAACGAUUGGAUUCUUCACAUUUUCUGACAGAAGUCGUGGUGGUAUUUGCGUAAACGACAAGCCUGUUCCAAAUUUGCUAAAAUGUUCUGGAGCCUGCCAUUCGCAGUCAUACUACUCUCUUGAGGAUGGCGAUUUCAAAGAUUCUUGCAAAUGCUGCAAAGUCAAUGUCACUGUCAAUAGACCAAUUGAGCUCAGGUGUCCGGACGGAAGCCGAAUCAAGAAGACGUUCCUCCAGCCGGAGACAUGCCAAUGCUCCAAAUGCACUCCAAAAGAUCCAAAAACAGGGGAUGUGAAAACGAUUGACUUUACGAAAGCAAACCGGUGGUCACAAUCUUCGUUGGAAGAUGAAGAACCGUUUGGCCAGCAGGUGGAACAAGAAUACGAUCGUUUAGGAAUAUUUGGUGGACAACAGCAGGAAGAAGACGACAAUUUCAGUUUUGACCAAACACAGCAACAGCAACAUAAUUUCGAAUUUUCACAGCAGCAGCAGGAAGAUGUUGACUUUUCUCGAUCAAAUCCACUCUAUCAAAAUGAAGAACAAAGACGACAUCAGGACUUGUUCGACAUAAAUCAAGUGCAGCAAGAAGACUACGAUGACAUUUAGCUAAAACUUUGAAGACAUGUCUAAAUUUUGCAUUGUCUAUAGAAUCAUCUAAAAAUGAGUUAGAUGGCAUGCUUUUUAUUAGAAGAUUAUUUGUGAUACUUGUAAAUUAUUUUGUUACAAAAGUUCAUCGACAAAUAAAAUAAGAAACACUAA